AAGUGGAGAAUCACCAUGAACCUCCAGAUGGGGGAAGGGACCCAGGGCAGAGAGCAGAGGCCCCAGGUGGGCAGGAAGCUUCGUUUCUGCUGGAAGCAGAUUGCUGCCUCACAGCCAUGUCACUCCAUCAUAGAUGCUUCCUCUUCUAACCCAGGAGGGGCGGGCUCUUCCUCCCCACAGAACAGACGCCCCAUCUCCCCAGCACACAUCUGCACAGAGCAGGGUCCUCAGGCCUCCACAAUGUCGGCCCCUGACUCCAGAACCUGCCUUCCUCCUUACCUGCUGCUGGCUCUGCUGUUGGGACUCACAGAUUCCAGUAAGUUGCCUGCUCAAUCAGCCUCUGUGACGAUGGCCCAAACAAAGGGUGUGGCAGGCGAGCCAGAGCUGCAGGUGAUCCAGCCUGACAACUCCGUGUCUGUCGCAGCCGGACAGACAGCCACUCUGCGCUGCACCGUGACCUACAUGCUCCCCAUUGGGCCGGUUGAGUGGUUCCGGGGGGCAGGGCCAGCCCGGGAGUCAAUCUUCAAUUUCAAAGGAGGCCACUACCCCCGAGUAACAAAUACUUCAGACGCCACAAAGAGAAACAACACGGACUUUUCCAUCCGCAUCAGUGACAUCACCCCAGCAGACACGGGAGCCUACUACUGUGUGAAGUUCCAGAGAGGCACCCCUGAUGUGGAGUUGAAGUCUGGACCAGGCACCCAGGUCACCGUGAGCGCCAAACCCUCUCCCCCCGUGGUGUCGGGCCCCGCGGCCAGGGCCUCGCCUGAGCAGACAGUGAGCUUCACCUGCGAGUCCCACGGCUUCUCCCCCAGAAGCAUCACCCUGAGAUGGUUCAAAAACGGGAAUGAGCUGGCAGCCUCCCAGACCACCGUGGAUGCAGAGGGACACAGCGCUUCCUACAACAUCUCUAGCACGACCAGGCUGGUGCUGGCCCCGGGGGACGUUCGCUCCCAGGUCAUCUGUGAGGUGACCCACGUGACCCUGCAGGGGGGCCCUCCUCUCCGUGGGACUGCCAACUUGUCUGAGGUCCUCCGAGUUCCUCCCACCUUGGUGGUUUACCAGCAAUGCAUUGCAGAAGACCAAGUGAAGGUCACUUGCCACGCAAAGAAGUUCUACCCCCAGCACCUGCAGCUGAUGUGGUUGGAGAAUGGAAACAUGUCUCGAACAGAAACAGCCUCAAGCAUCAUGGAGAACAAGGAUGGGACCUUUAACUGGAUGAGCUGGCUCCUGGUGAAUUUAUCUGCCCACACAGAGGAGAUGGUGCUCACCUGCAAGGUGAAGCAUGAUGGCCAGUGGGUGGUCACCAAAAGCCAUAUACUGGAGACCUCUGCCCACCAAAAAGGCCAGUGCACAGGUGGAAACUCUGACCCAGAGCUGUCUACUCUACUCCUGGUGGCUGUCACCCUGGGCCCAAAGCUGCUGCUGCUCAUCGCUGUCUCUGCCAUCUAUGCCCACAGGAAGUGAGCGCCUGACUAUAUCCCAGGAAGAAAAUAACAUGGAGGACAUAGAAGACACGUGGGAACAUUUCUGGAAUGAUGAGCAGACAAUUAACUGUGAACAUGGGUCCCACAGCACCUUCCUUCCUCCCUUGCUACAAUCCACCCUCAGACUCUGCUGCCUGCUUCCUUCCCUGAGGGACCCAGCCGAAGAGAAGGAACAACUAGAAGUAUCCACAACUCUACCCCAAAUGCCUUGCUUCCCCCAGAGACCCACCUGCCCACCGUUCCUGUUGCUCCUUCUCAGGGUCCUUGAUGCCCCCAGAGCUGGGUCUUCAUACAUGGUCCUCAGAAGAGGCCAUGGGAACUUGCUCCAGGGACUGAUGCGCGGAUAUCUGCCUGGAAUGUGAGAAACAAGUCACAUCUACACAUCCCAGGUAUCUUUCAUUCGUCUCCUGGGGACCAUGGCCAUGAACUACACACUCAUGUCCAUGCCCUCAGGAGUCAUUCCUGCCAAGCCCCAGCCUCCCCAGCCUUGGUGAGACUCUCCAUUGGGUCUUAAAUAUGAAUGAAUCCCAUCCUGGUUUGUAGAAGAGAAAUGACUCUCCUUUCUUUUUGCCUACAUGUCCUACUCCUCAAUCCCAGAGACAAGAUUCCCUCCUCCCUGUGAUGGGAACACUAGCUCUUCCAUCACCUUCAUCCUUCCCAACCCCAAAGCUCAUGUACUCAAGGUGGCAGUCCAGAAGCCUGGAGCCAGCCUUGAUUUUCUUACUUUAUAUCCCACGUUCAAUUCUGCCUUCAGAAUGCUGUGUCCUGUGUUGGGAUGGUAAAUGUGCAACAGUCCACUCACAGAGAGGAGAAGACGCCUGACUUGUGGUGCUUGUGGACUUUUGUGGUGUCAAUACUCCCAGAGUGACCAAUUACAAACUAACUGUGUUUAACAGCUAGCUUGCAAAAUUCAUGCAAAGCUCUCAGGAGUGAGUGCAAGCCUCCUGCCACACCCCAGUGAGCUCCACCCAGAAUCUGCACACUGCUCACUCCCAGGGAUGCUCCCUGGUCUCAGCCACCAGCAUCCCUUCCUGAACCAUUGCUUUGACUCUAACAGGCUCUCCAGUUUCAGCCACAGUGAUUCCAUGAAAAUGGAAGUCAAACUGUCUCUCUCCUCUCCUUCUCCCCCUAUGGUCUGCAUGACACUCUCUCCCUAUUUCAAACUCUGCUGAUGUCACUUUAUCAAAGCCGUUUCCAUAAACCACCCUAUAUAAACUAUCAGCUCCUCUCUCGCACUCUGUGUUCCCACAGCUUAUCACCUACUUAAAUUGUUUCCGUAGAACUUGUGAUUAGCUGACAUGACACGUGGAGCCAGUGCUCACUUUGCACGACAGGGCAGGACAGAACAACGAUGGUGCAGCUGAAACCGUGCAAAGUGAUCUCAAUAAUCAGUGGAGAAUAACGAUUUUUUGGAGACCUUUAAAAACCUUUUUCAAAACACAGAAAGUCUCCAUCUGUCCAUUAUGAAUGUGUAGGGAAGUGAAAAAACAAUAGAACCAUUAUUUAUUAGGUGUUCUGUCAUUUCGAAUAUUAGAAACACUGAAAAGGGAAGUGUUUUAUUUUUUUGUAAAGACUCAUCAAGAAUACUUUGCACAGUGCUUGGCCUCUUCCGAUUGCACUGUUGACCAAAUAGAGCCAGCAUCUGAAUAACCGCACUCCAUUCUCAACUGGGAUCAGCUUCCAACAUUCCAUCUCUUGCACGUUCAAUACAGUGAAAUCCUUACAAUAUUAAUAUGAAUAUUUCUGUGUCACAUCCUCUGGGACGUUUUCACCCCCCUUCCCCACCACCUUCUUCACUGACGUGGUCGGUUUGCCUCACUCUGCUCCUCUGGCUGCACACCCACACUCUGGGGACCAGAGUGGCCCCCUGAUCUCAGACUCCAGCCUCCUCGACUGUGAGCAAGAACUUACUUUUGUUCUGAGCCACCCAGUCUGGGAUAUUUUGUUAUAGCUGCCUGAAUUGACUAAGACUGAUUAUAACCCCACAUAUAAAAUAAAUAUCUUAGAGCCCAUACUGAUAUUAGUACAUAACUGAAUAAAUUAGUAAGCUGAGGAGAAGAAAAAAAUGUCCUGUGCAUAAAAGUCUCAAAUGAUUUAUGUAGAUAUGUCACUCUCAGGAGGGGCAGCCUAAGUGCCCACUCAGGAGGGGCAGGCUGCUUGUUGUGACUCCCUUCCAAAGAGGACAGAAUGGAAAGGAGGAAAAAGGAGUAACUACAGAGGGGAUGCCUGACAAAUCAAGUCAGCCAGGUGAUCACGGGUACCCAGCAGUCAUACCCCACGGCCACAGUGUGCUCCGUGAUACAAUGUGAUGACUACAACACUUUUCCUCCGUGACCUUCCUCCCCAAACCCAUCCCUCCGGUCUGCUUAUGAGAAAAGCAUCCAAUAAAUUGCAAAGAGGGACAUUCCACCAUAGACCUGAACAGCGCUCCUCAACACUGUCAGGCCGUCACCAUCAGGGAAAGUCCAAGAAGCUCUCACAGCUGAGAGGAGCCUAAAGAGACAUGAUGAGAAAAUGUGAUGCGGUAUCCUGCAGGGAAUUCUGGAACAGAAAGGGACAUGGGGUAAAAACUAAAGAAAUCUCUUCUGGACUGAAUAUCUGUGUCUCUCCAACGUUCAUGUGUUGAAAUCUAACAUCCAGUGUGAUGGGAUUUGGAGGUGGGGUCUUUGACAGGUAAUGAGGUCUUGAGGGUGGGGUCCUCAUGAAAGGGAUCAAUGCCCUCAGGAAAAGGGACCAGAGAGCCAGCUCACCCCAUCCCCCAGGUGAGAUGACAAGUGGUUGGCAGUCUGCAACUGCAGAGAGGGAUCUCAUCACAACCCAACUAUGCUGAUGCCCUGAUCUCAGACUUCCACCCUCCAGGACUGUGAGAAGUAAGUUCCUGUUGUUUCAAGGCAUCCAGUGUAUGCUACUUUGUUAUAGCGGCCCAAGCUAAGACAAAAUCUAAAUAUAUUAUGGACUUUGGUUAAUAAUAAUGCACCCAAUAUUGGUUCAUUAGUUAUCACAGACACACCACACUACUGUCAGAUGCUAAUAAGAGGGGAAACCGUGUGCAGCUGUAUACUGGAACUCUGUACUAUUGUCACAAUUUCACUCUAAAUGUAAAACUGUUUCAAAAAUUAAGUCUAUUAAAAAAAUAUGUCAACA